CCGUCGGAGCCUUGCAGGACUACCGACGCAUCGCUGCACCAAGACAACGACGCGGAUUUGCAAAAAUUUCAGCGCUAGCCGAAAUUUUAGCUGCUGCACAUAACAACGCGGACGCACCGCGCCCACCACCCAUCAAUACGACGGAGAGCAACCGCGCGUCCCCGCGGCGCGACGCCACCGCCACCGCCAGCAACAACUCGAAGGCGACGUAUCAGUCGCAGGACUCGCAGGACAGCGAGCCGGACACGCCUCUGCUCCCCGGCUGCAGUGUCAUGGCGCCGCCCCCGCCGGACGGCGCGGCGAGCCCCGCGAAGCUCGCCAUCGGCGUCGUGGGGAUCUUCGGCGCGUUCCUCUACUACGGCCAGCUCAUGGGCGACAUUGUGAAAUAUCAAGCCGAGGACGGCUCGAAGUUGGAGCGCGAGUGGUUCCUGCAGGUGCUCGAGGCCGCCGCCAACGUUUUAGUAGGUCUGGCGGGACUCAUCCUCACGCAGGGCGGGCCCUCGCCGGCAAUCCCCUACAAGUCGUUUUUGUUGACCGGCAGCACGCAAGUCCUGGCCAAGGCCAUGACGCAGAAGGCCCAGAUCUAUGGGGUGCCCUUCUUUUUAGCAACAUUAGUGAAAAACGCAAAGAUGGUCCCCGUCAUGGUCGGCGCCAUCGUCCUGAGCGGCACGCGGUACCCCGCGCGCAAGUGGGCCCAGGUCGCGCUGAUUAUCGGAGGCGUCGUCCUCGUGACCGUCGGCAAAGCUAGGAAGCCGGGUUCGGACGGAGGCCACGCCGAUGUUAUUGGAAUGGCCUGCCUCGGGUUAUCGUUAGUGUGUGACGGCAUCACGGGCGGCCAGCAGACGGCCUUCAAGAAGGAGUACAAGAAGACGCAGGGCCAGGGCCUCGCGCCGUACGACCUCAUGCUCUUCACGAACGCAGCCAUGUUGGGUGUGGCCCUGGUCAUGGCGUUAGCGUUGGACCAGUUCUUCGGGGGCGUCGCCUUCCUCUUAGAUCAUCCGGACCUAUUAACGGCCGUGGCCAAGUUCUCGUUCUGCUCGGCGAUCGGCCAGUCGGCCAUCUUCUUCACGAUGGCGAACUUCGACCCGCUCCUCGUGACGACGGUGACGACGACGCGCAAGAUCUUCUCCGUGCUUUUAGAUAUUGUGUCGCGGGGCUACGUGCUGAACGGGACGCAGUGGUCGGGCGUCGCGGCGGCGUCGCUCGGCGUGCUCGGCGAGCUGCAGGAGAAGUUCGGCAAGAAGCAGCAUGCCCACUCAAGUAGAUUUGGCCUAAGUAUUCUAUGGGAGCCGCCGCGUCGACGGCGUCGGGGGCGCCGCAGGAGUGCGCUCGGCAGUGGAACUAGAGGCUGGAGCCUAG